AUGCAACGCUGCAACUUUCUUAUUGGACUCAAUGUAUAUUAACUUGACUAUAAAGUCAAGUAUAAACUUGAAUUCCGAUAAGACUGUAUGGGCUAAUAAUUGCACCAGUUAAUUGUUGUCUAAUCGUAGUUUGCUUUUCCAUUUCAACUUAAAGUGCAAAUACAAUUACAAAUAUUUAAGCAUAAUUAAACAAAUAUUUACGAAAAGUCACAAUGUCGCUGUCAAAGCCUAUUUAUUCGCUGCUCGGCGUCUAUUUGGAACAGCUAUUCAAUCACCCAGUGCGCACUAAAUCCAUAACCAGCUCUAUACUAGCUGCAUCGGCGAAUUACACAUCCCAAAGAAUUGCUGGCCAAAAGAAGGUCAAUCAAGAAAGUGUCAUAGCCUACGGUCUCUUUGGGCUAAUAUUUGGUGGCACAGUGCCGCAUUACUUCUAUCAAACGGUUGAGCGACUCUUCAAACAUGACAUGAAAUUUCGUCGUUUCUUUCAGUUUCUAUCGGAACGUCUAGUUUUUGCACCAUUCUAUCAAUUGGUCUCACUAUAUUUUCUCUCCAUAUUCGAGAUGAAUACACAUGAGGUAGCUGUAGCUAAUCUAAAGAAACUAUAUUGGCCUCUACUACGCGCCAAUUGGCAAUACUUAUCGAUACCAGUGUUCCUUAAUAUGGCAUACGUGCCACCAAUGUUACGCACAGUCACAAUGAGUAUUGUGUCCUUCCUUUGGGUUGUCUACAUUGCACGUCGACGACGCCGUCUACAGGAUAAACAAGCUGGCGAAAGUAAAGACAAAUGAUGAUUUAAGUUGAUCAUGUGUACAUAACUUAGCUCAAUUAUGUUUUUGAUACAUAUCUAUCUACAUUCUGUUUUUUAUAAAUGGUUAUAUGGUGUGUCUUUGUAUGUGAUUUACAAAAAUUUAUAAAUAUUUUUAAUACUGGGUGAAAAUGAAUGUAAAAGCGAAUUGGAGACAAUAAAAUAAUAUUUUUGCAUUUAUAUAGUAUAAUGAAGAAGUAAUGACUUUAAAGUAAUAAUCCUUCUAUUUUAUUUAGUCGAUCCAAACAGAGUUCGAUCGUAAAUUACCAUCACCUCUUCUUUUCUCGUUUCUGGAAGUUUUAUUGAAUUUUUACAAAUUGCCACGCCCCAGGUUACACAUGAAAGUACAAAAUAGAUUCUCCAUCAGUAAGAGAAUUUUAACUACACUCGCUUCGUUCGCCCCGUGAUCCCCGUGUUCCUGGCGAACUCUGUUCUGACCUGUCAGAAUACGACAAUCUGGACAAUGGCAAAAUAACUCUUGAUGUCCUCGGGCCCUCUCCAAGUAGUUAAUGCUAGGAUGGUUCCGCGGAAAUGGUAUAGUCUCCCCGGAACGCAAUGAGGUCUUUCCUCUUAAAUUAAUCAUUUAAAUUCUUUCCGUUAAUAAUGUCUAGAGUAGUCGCGACACUAGUUUGAGCCUGGAUCAGCUUAGACCCGUAUAUAAAUAUGUAUACUGCUACUCAUCAAGUCUAGACUCGCCCUAAAGUACUCAACAUGAAGAGUUCCCGUUUGACACCAUAUUCACUGUGAAACCUACUUAUCUAUCACCGAUACCGAUACCGUUAAAAAAUUCGAUACCUGUAUAUACCGUUAGAUGACUUCGAAGACUAUUACUUUCUUCUGCUUAAAGAUUAGAUGAUCACUAAAACAAAAACAUCUUAAUAUCAAUUAUUUAUUUUAUUUUUAAGGAACACUAUAGAGUUGAUAAGUCAUGGUCGGACAAAAGUGAGGUCAGUCCGGGUUAUAUAUUUCUUUUUGUUGUUGUAACGGUUUCCUAAUUUUUUACACCCUUUUCUUUCGCCUACACUCGUUUUCAAUUUUCUGUAUUUUUCGUUUGAGUAUUUGUUUUUGCUUCAAGGCUUCAUUCUUUGCUCACUAUGAGCUUAACCUUAUUUUUUCCAGCAAAAAAUUAAUAAAAAAAGCUCAUUUUAAAAAUAGUUACAAUUUAUUUACAAAUUUUCGAUUUCAUUUCUUAAAAUGUUUAUCAAAUGUCUAAUUUUAAAAUAAUUAAAACAAUAAAAUAAUAAAAGGCUGCUGACAUAUUACAUAUUACAGAUCGGAAGUAACACAAAUGCGGCUUCUUUUAUAUUUAAACAAUACAAUACAAUACAUAUGUACAUUGAGUUAUACGUGUGUAUAUAUAUAUAUAUGUAUGUGUCAAGUACAUGCAGCUGUUGGUGUGCGUACAUACAUAUAUCGUUGUACACAACAAAUUAUACAAAUACAAGAUCAGAUCAGUAUAUAGUAUAUAUAGAUAAAAUAGAAUCGGAAAAUAUAAAAUAUAUAGAACCAAAGAUGUUAAGAUUUUCGUACUUUCUGUAAUUAGUCUGUGUGUGUGUGUGUUUAUCCCAAUAUAACCGUUAACCAUAGAUUAUUUUUGUUUUUUUUUUCAUAUUAAAUGGAUCAGCUGUUUAUGUUGUUGUUGUUGUGCAGAAAAGAAACGAGAAUGUAAUUAACAUUUUUUGGCGUUUAGCUGCUUCCGGUUGCUUGCACAGACGGUGUGACGGACACAUAUGUAUAGAGACUUCAAAGCAAGUGUGGGAUUGGCACU